AUGAUUCGAUCUAUAUCUGAUCUGGUUGUUAUUAAUUUGCGUAAUAUUAAUAUAGUUAAUUACGCUAAAUACUCUAGUAGUGCGCUACCUCGCUUAUCUUCGGAAAAAUACAACAUUAAACGAAAGAAUUACGGUGCUAUCAAACCACCAGAUAUAGAUUAUUUCAAAUCUUUACUUAGCAAUGACCGUGUUUUGACGGAGGAGUCUGACGUAUUACCAUUCAACAUUGAUUGGAUAAAAAAUUGUCGAGGCCAGUCGAAAGUCGUACUAAAACCAAAAACAACAGAGGAAGUAUCACAAAUUCUGUCUUACUGCAAUGACAGGAAGUUAGCUGUGUGUCCCCAAGGCGGGAACACGGGCCUUGUGGGAGGCUCUGUGCCUGUCUUUGACGAAAUUGUUUUAAAUCUUAGCUCUAUGAACAAAAUCAUCAGUUUAGAUGAAAUAUCUGGUGCACUUGUAUGCGAAGCUGGGUGUGUAUUAGAGAAUCUGGACAAUUAUGUUCGCGACCACAAUCUAAUAAUGCCACUCGACCUUGGAGCCAAGGGUUCAUGCCAUAUCGGGGGAAAUGUGAGCACAAACGCUGGUGGCUUACGAUUGUUGAGAUAUGGGAAUCUACAUGGUUCCAUACUGGGGAUCGAAGCUGUAAAAGCUGAUGGUACAGUAAUAGAUUGUCUACGGACCCUGAAGAAAGAUAACACGGGGUACCAUUUGAAGCACCUAUUCAUAGGUUCUGAAGGCACUCUUGGUGUGGUCACGAAGGUAGCAGUUCACUGCCCAGCGCUGUCUAAGUCCGUAUCGCUUGGAUACUUUGGUGUCAACUCCUUUGAAGAUGUAUUGGAGUUGUAUAAAAGCGCAAAAGAAUCGCUUGGUGAGAUAUUGUCUGCGUUCGAAAUGGCGGACAACGAGGCAAUCAGUUCGACUGUGGAAAAUUGUAAACUUUCGAAUCCUUUAGAAGAUUACCCAUUCUAUGUGCUCAUAGAAACAAGUGGUAGUGAUGAAAGUCACGAUGACGAGAAAUUGAAUCGAUUUUUAACGAAAGAAAUGGAAAGCGGUAAGAUUGUUGACGGGACGAUUACUUCGGAACCCGCGAAAAUGAAGAAUAUAUGGAAUAUUAGAGAAAGCAUACCUGGCGCGGGUUUACUUGAUGGUUACGUGUUCAAAUACGACAUUUCUAUCCCGCUAAAGAACUACUACGAUAUCGUGUUAUUACUGCGCAAGCGCAUGGGUAAUAAGGUCACGCGUGUUUACGGCUAUGGGCACAUUGGUGAUGGCAACAUUCAUAUAAAUGUCUCAACUCCAGAAUAUUCAAAAGAAAUCUGUGACAUGUUGGAACCCUACGUAUUCGAGGAAGUAGCCAAGGUCAAGGGAUCUAUUAGUGCUGAACAUGGAGUUGGUUUCCGCAAACCACAAUUUAUACAUUACAGCAAAGAUGGAACGGCCUUGCAACUUAUGAGGGAUUUAAAACAAUGUAUGGAUCCUAAUGGCAUUCUUAACCCGUAUAAGGUGUUGCCAGAUAACUAA